AGCUCCUUUAAGAGAAUCACACACAUUCCCCAAGUCUCAUCUUGUAUAGCCAGUGAUUUCUCAAGUCCAAACUAUAAGUAGUUAGAUUUAACUCAGCAGUGGUGAGAGACGCCGUAAAACGUGCUAAUUCGGGUUCUUCCACCUGCCGCCAGUACAACCAUCGAAUCAAUAUCCAGUCCCAUUUGUAAUGCUCUAAACCGUUUACCGUCGCCUUCUCUUUUACUCCUCGCUCUUUUCGUUUUCAACCACGAAAUGCGUCGUAUAGCCUCUGUCUUCGUUUCAAGACGUACAGACAAGCCUGACGCACCCUCUACUACGUCGUCCAACGACGCCGACCAUCUUCCACAAGAAGCUACGAAGCGUAAAGCUCGGUUGCUUAGUUCGCUUUCUCGAAAAUCGGUCCCCCAAUCAUUGCCACAGCUCUUAGCUAGCGGUUCAGCUAAUUCUUCAUCUUCAACAUCAUCCGGCUCUGCAGAGCUGCGUACUCCUGACGAAGAACUACCACGCCGCAUGCCUAGCCAGAAAACCAGCUGGAAGUCGUGGUUAGGGGCAAAAAAGCACACAAAUGAAGGAGAUUUGAAAGCAGCCUGGCUACCGCCGCUCUCGACGUCAGGGAUUGCAUUACGUCCUCCACCGAGAUCGAACGAGAUGGAUGAAGCAUCAUCUGAAUCUGAAGAUGAGGCAGAUCAUGUUCAGGAUCCUCCCGUUCAGAACUUCGCGCAAUCUAAUACCCAGGCACGAAAUAGUAUGAAAGCAAUAAUUCUCAACAGCUCUGCUAACAGUGAUCGACCUUCGUGCCCCCCUCUGUUGGAUAUUCCAGACAGCACACCGUUCCCUCGCUCUUGUCUCCGGUUGGGACAUGUUCGUCGCCGAGAUACCCUGGAAUCCAAAGUGCACAGAAGGGCGCUCUUACGCAUGCUGGAGUCCCUUUCCUCCGCGGAAGAGCGCGGCAUUGCACCCCUUGCUCGUCGGCCCGAGAUUCUAGUGAAAGAAGCAACGUCGCACAAUUCCGAUGUUGACACAUGGCCGAAGCCACAGUUUUUAAGGAGAAACAGCGAAGGUCUGGGAAAUUGGGCGGCUCGUCCUUGUUUCGAAGAUCGUGUUCUCGUUUGGACUCGCCAGGAACCCUCCGGUCAAAUCGUCACCACCGGUAUCUCAGGGUCACAGUUUGGUGUCGCGGCUCUAGAAUUUUCGGAGCCGUUGCAAAUACUGGCAGGCUUGCUGGCCGACGUUGAGGAUGACUUCGAUCCGUCGCCAGAGCCUCGACCUGAGCUGUCUCCACCUGAUUCUGGAACUUCCGCAGUCGCAUUACCAUCGACGGAACAACUCACUGCCUCCGUUGCCAUCGCCGAUGUUAUAUUUUCACCGCUCACGCUUGCAGUUGACUCACAGGACACAUUAGAGUCCAAAAAUGAACCUAGCAAUCCCAGAGCGGCAGAGCCUACCCCUGCACCCCUUGUCAAACGAGGCGUCAGGUUCGCGGAAGAUGGUAAAGACGAUCAAAUUCCCCUUGGCUAUGUUCUGCGUAUCAAGAAAAAGCGCGAGGAGAAAGCGAAGUUUCUUCGCGAAGAGCGUGAGAAGCGUGAAUUGGAAGAGGGCCAGCGCGCGCGGGAAGAAAAGCGCAUGCGGGAGGAACAACGCCGGUUGUGGGAAGCAGAGAAGAAAGAGCAGGAAAUGGAGCGCAUGGCUCGGGAGCUUCAGAAGAAGAAAAUAGAGGAAGAAAAACGACACCAAAAUUAUGCCGCGGAUUUGCAGGCUUCACGAGCUCGCAGUGAAGCCUCCAGAGCUGGUUAUAUCUCCUCAUCUUCCCUUGUUCGGGACAUGGAACGUGACAGAUCUUCAUCCCGAGACGCUCACCAGUCUGGGUCGCUAUCGUCCAGAGCUGGUCGUGUCUCCUCCUCAUCUUCCCUUGUCCGGGACAUGGAGCGUGACAGAUCUGCAUCCCGAGACACUCACCAGUCUGGGUUGCUACCCACCCGCCAACGGACGCUAGAUCUCAUGGUGCCUACCGCGAAUCUUUCGCCUUACGACGGUUCUCCUACCAGCUCGAUGCCUGCGACACCGGGGAGCCAGCGUAGCUUCUCGAGGCCUCCUUCGGUUUACUCAACUCACACUACGUCAUCAGAAGAUGUACGAGCUCGGGAUGGCCGACGUAUCAGCAAACGCAGUUCUCUUGCAUUUGACCCGUCAAAACAAUUCCCGUUGCCGUUACCGAACCCUCGCGCGUCACUUCUGCCAUACAACCCCUGGGGUAACGUGCCGGUUCCGGCUUUUUUCGUCCCACCAGUUCCGCCAGUUCCCGCCGUUCCCAUGAUGAUGUCCAUGCCAUUCUAUUCGUUGGACCCUUUACUUCCCCCCUCUCCUCCUUUCAUGAUGAACCAGUUUGGAAUGCAACCAUACUCAGCCAACUCCUCCCAGGGUCAAGUUUCCUCGUCUCAACGACGGAAUAGUUCUUCAAACCAUAGCGCAGAAGGUGUCCGUCGCACAUCUCGCGCUGCUCCUAAUUCCCCUGAGCUCUUUCCUAUCCAUCAGCGACGUGCCAGCGAUGAAGCACGCGGGCACUCCAGUAGCACCAAUGCCACAUCUGAUCGGAAAUAUGGAAGCCAAACGGACCUGCGGGACAAAAGGUCGUCUCAAGCUGCACACUCCUCCCGUAGUAGUAGUGGUCUUCAUCGUUCGCAUCAGCCACCUGCAUUGGUACACACCCACACUGCACCGGCAAGGCCAGGUUCGACGUCCCAGUCCCGCUCGACGCCUAGUCGGCGUCAAAGUGUAUACCCAUAGUACGUACAGGAACAUUUUAUCAUGGACUCUUCAUUCUGCAUCAGUACCCUAUCUGGUGCCCACGCUCAUUUGCACUACUGCAUUCACUUGACACUCAUGAAUACCCCAUCUACAUCAGAAUUGCAAACAUUCACACACAUUCCGUUCUAUUGUUUAGGCUCGGUCGUACUCUUAUGCACACUAUACGAGGACAUCGUAUUAUUAUUAAUCGCCUAGCAUUCAUUCCGUCAUCCGUAGUGCUCCGAGCAUAUGUUGUUGAUAUGCUCUUCGUCGCGUCCGACCUCAUGCUUUUUUCAUCUUAUUUCAUGUACAAUGAUCAUCGUGCUCAGUAAGAAAUGCUUGCGAUUAUAUUGAGUGCGAUACAUAGAUGCCUUCGUACUUGAAACAAAUAAUUCCAUACAAGUCCACAAUCAACCCC